CGACCGGGCCCGGAGCCCAGCCGGCGCGGGUGGGUGCAGCUUUCCCGACUCGCUGGCUGGAUCCCGGCACUCCGUGCGCCUCCAGAGCGCCGGGAGGACCAGGCGGGCGCCUUGUCCGCCUUUGUCCUCCGCGGUGUAACGCGCGCACAGCCCGGGGCCCGAGGGCCACCCCGCCCCCGGUGAUGCUCCCCGCUUGCGGUCCAGGCGGGGCGUGGCUCCUUCCUGAGGGACACCUGGCCGAGAGCUCUUUCUAACGGUACCGGCACCGGGGCGCACCGCCCUGGCUUGGUUUCCGGCCCCUGGGGGUUUCUGUUUGUGUCAGCACCUCCCCGGGCGAGGGCCUGGCCCCGUGGAUGAUCCCGGGGGCCGGCCUUUGCUCCUGGGGGAGAAGCUUCGGCAUGCAGAGGUGUGUACACGGUCUGCUGGAUGACCUGGAGCUAGCGAUCCUAUGGAAUGAAACCGUGGAGCUUUUCCGCGCCGGGAUGCCGGUCCGGAAGCACCGCUGUCGCUUCAAGAGCUACGAGCGUUGCUUCACAGCAGCCGAAGCCGCGGACUGGCUGCACGAGCUGCUGAGGUGCAGUCAGAACUUCGGCCCGGAAGUGACUCGGAAACAAACGGUGCAGCUGCUCAAAAAAUUCCUGAAGAAUCACGUCAUUGAAGACAUCAAGGGGAGAUGGGGCCAGGAAGACUUUGAAGACAAUCGGCACCUCUACAGGUUUCCUCCUUCCUCACCUCUGAAACCAUAUCCGAAAAAGCCCUCAUCCCAAAAGGAUGUUAUUAAGUUCCCAGCGUGGAGUGAUCCCCCGCCAGGCACUUCGCAGGAGAACAUCCCAGUGAGGCCGAUUGUGAUGAACUCUGAGAUGUGGUACAAACGGCACAGCAUUGCCAUUGGAGAGGUGCCAGCUUGCCGACUCGUCCGCCGCAGACAGCUGACUGAGGCCAAUGUGGAAGAGAUUUGGAAGUCUAUGACAUUAUCAUAUCUACAGAAAAUCCUUGGUCUGGAUUCUUUAGAAGAAGUUUUAGACAUCAAGCUUGUCAAUGCUAAGUUCAUCAUGCAUAACGUGUACAGUGUCAGCAAGCAGGGAGUUGUUGUCCUCGAUGACAAGUCAAAAGAACUUCCUCACUGGGUACUGUCAGCUAUGAAGUGUUUGGCAAAUUGGCCCAACUGUUCUGAUUUGAAGCAGCCCAUGUACUUGGGUUUUGAAAAGGAUGUAUUUAAAACUAUAGCGGAUUACUACGGUCACUUGAAAGAGCCGUUACUCACAUUUCAUCUGUUUGAUGCAUUUGUCAGCGUAUUAGGUAAGUUGAGACGUAGUGAACAAGGAUGUGCGUUAUUGAUGUUGAAUAAUUGCAUUUUUCAUUAUCUUGAGGCUCUUCUUAGAGAAUUGAAUCUCCACAUGCAGAAGUAUCAAGCAAGACUUGUACCUUACACAAAAAUCCACUCAAAAUGGAUCAAAGACCUAAAUUCACAACACAAUAUCAACAUUGUGGAAAUUCUGCAAGACAUUGGCAUAGGCAAAGAGUUCUUCACAAAAACCCCAGAGAUUCAGUGUGUGGCCAGGUGUCUUUCAGAGUGUGCACCCUGUGCCUUGGGUCAUUUCUCAUUGACUAUUCAUGUUUGCCCUUUGAAAAUUAGAAUUAGAUGUUGCCCAGUUCAGGGUGGGGGAAAGACUCCUUUGUGUGUCUUCACCAAUCUGCUUCCCUUUUUUCAGAUGGUCCAGACAUUUUCCCGUUGCAUCUUGUGUUCCAAGGACGAAGUGGACCUGGAUGAGUUACUAGCCGCUAGGUUGGUAACGUUUCUAAUGGACAAUUACCAGGAGAUUCUGAAAGUCCCCUUGGCUUUGCAGACCUCUAUAGAGGAGCGUGUGGCUCAUCUACGAAGAGUGCAGAUAAAAUACCCAGGAGCUGAUAUGGAUAUCACUUUAUCUGCUCCAUCAUUUUGCCGUCAAAUUAGUCCGGAGGAAUUUGAAUACCAAAGGGCGUACGGCUCUCAGGAACCACUGGCAGCCUUGCUGGAGGAAGUCAUAGCGGAUGCCAAACUCUCCAGCAAAGAGAAGAAGAAAAAGCUGAAGCAGUUUCAGAAAUCCUAUCCUGAAGUCUACCAAGAACGAUUUCCUACACCAGAAAGUGAAGCACUUCUGUUUCCUGAAAAAUCCAGGCCCAAACCGCAGCUGCUCAUGUGGGCGCUGAAAAAGCCUUUCCAGCCGUUUCAAAGAACGAGAAGCUUCCGGAUGUGACGCUCGUGUGGCGGCCGAGGCCCCAGCCCACUGCUGUUCGGAGCGAAUGGGUGCUUUGGGAGGAGGACUGUGGGGGAGCACGAAAGGAAAAGAGAGACCCUGAAACAGAAAGAUGAUCUGACUUUCGAAAAAUUGAGCCGUUAUCAGUAUUUUUGUAAAAGUCAAUGCUGUUUUUAAAAUGGACAAAUCAAUUAAAAAAAUGCGACAGUAUGUAGGUGUAUAAUGAACAUGUUUGUAAUUGUUAAAAAUCUGGGUAUUUUCAUCUUGUUAUUUGUUGUCUUCCAUGGUGUCUAUAAAAGGAUAGUGUGUAUAUCCUGGUUACUUGUGUCUGUUGUCAGCAAGUCUUAGACAUACUGUAUGUUCUUGAAGAAGAAAGACACUGGGUACUGUUACUGUGAUGCUAUCAACUUAAUGGCCAACUGUGAUUUCUCCUGUGUACCAUAUGGUUUUCAUUGUUAUACAGAAAAUUUCCGUGUCUUACAUUGUGAUGGUUCUGUUGGAUGUUAUUACAGAUUUUACUAAAAGCUGGUUCUUUUAGGACAUAUCCAUGAGUUACGGUUUACCUGUAAGUGGAGUAGAUUUUCAUCUACCCAGGAUGGUGUAAUUUUACUCUUUGCUAAAGAUGGAAGACUGAAUUGUAAAAUUUUUUUGAUCCUCAUAGUUUUAUGAUUUUAUAAGUCAAAUUUGGGUUGUUUUUGUAAAAAAAAGGAAAAAAGAGAUACAAAGGAGCUAAGUAAAAUGAGACUAUUUUCUUUAUAAAUAUAGUUUUUCCAACUUUUUUAUCCCUUUGAAAGAAAUGAAAUGGAAUGUAAAUAAAUUUUGGGGUUUUGUGUU